UUCCUCCGGGAGAAACAUGGCUGGGAAGAGAGAGGAGGCGCGAGACAACGGGCGUGGGGUCGUGAUUUCUGAUGAUUGGCCAGGUUAUCACUUGGAUUUAUUUACAUACCCACAGCAUUAUUAUGGAGAUCUGAACCAUGUGCUUAUACCUCAUGGUGUCAUUGUGGACAGGACUGAGAAGCUGGCCAAGGAUAUCAUGAAUGACAUUGGAUACUGUGACAUCAUGAUUCUGUGCGUGCUUAAAGGGGGCUACAAGUUCUGCGCUGACCUUGUGGAGAAUCUGAAGAACAUCAGUCGAAAUUCUGACACAUUUGUCUCCAUGAAAGUUGACUUCAUCAGACUAAAGAGUUACCAGAAUGACCAAGCCUUGGGUGAUAUGCAGAUAGUCGGAGGGGAUGACUUUUCUGAACUAGCUGGCAAGAAUGUACUCAUUGUGGAGGAUGUUGUUGGAACUGGGAGGACCAUGAAAUCUCUGCUUGGCAAAAUAAAAAAAUACAAGCCCAACAUGAUUAAAGUGGCAAGUUUGUUGGUGAAGAGAACUCCCAGAAGUGAUGGCUUUCAGCCUGACUGUUGCAAUGCAGAGCUGCAUGCUUACUUAGGGUCAGUAGCAAUGGAGGAGACCUUGGGGAUUCAUUCCUACUUUCAGGCAAGACCAUGGAUAUGUCACCUUCACAGAAGGAGAUUCCACAACCCAGAUCUGAGUGACCCAACCUGGUGUCUAAUCACCUUCCCUGUCAGGAAAUUCUUCCUAUUCUCAACCUAAAUCUCUCAUGCUGCAGUUGAAGCUGGUUUCCUCUCGUCUUGACCUUUGGAGAGAUAAUGCACUAACUGCUACUCUGCUUAUUAACCUCUUGCCUACUUGCAGACCCUUAUGAACCCCAUGCUCAGAAUUCCCUUCUUCAGGCUGAAUCUUCCCAUUUCCUUUGACCUUGCUCCAGCAGAGUUGGUUUUCCUCCACCUGGGUGGCUCUCCCCUGAAUCCGACCAAGUACAAUGGCAGGAUUACCUCCCAGUUGCUGCAUUCCAGCCUCUUCUCGAUGCAUGCAGUAUUCCAAGAAUCAUGGCUGCCAUUUGUAGAGCCAUCAGAGCUGUAAGGAUGCGUUCACUGACAUUACUUAAUUUGAUGGUGUUUGCUUUUUUCACAGCAUUACAUGAGAAAACUCAUGUCUGGCUUGUUAUUCACCAAGGCGCUUGGCUCUUUCUUGACUCUAUUUGUUCAGAGAAAUUCUUCAAUACGAUUUUGCUUGCAAAGUAUACCGUGUCACCUAAGCCCUUAUUGAACUGCAUCCAGGCCUGUGUAUUCCGUAUCAUUUCACUAGCUUGCUUCUGGCCAAAUGAAUAAAUGGAUACAGAAUGAAUUCACAAAGCCCUGUUAGCUCAGAGAUUUGUACUUAUCUUGUCUUUUU